CACACAUCAAUAUGAUGCCCUUUAUGAGUAUGACCGCAUCCCUUCCGGGGGCUGCGAUUCACCCGAGUCCCCUUCUUCGAGAUGCUGAGGCCCAACGCCGCCCUCGACACGUCACGGCAGGGUCGGGUGACGGAGAUGCGCGUGGAUGGGAGUCCGUAAUCUCGCUUUUAAUUCUCCGAUCAGGAGAGGCGCGCAUUUCCGGAAAUUUGCUACGAGCGGUCAGAAGCUUCGAUUUCUGCACCGUCAGUCCGGAGUCUAUAGCCCCCGGCGGUGCUCCAAGAAACACAUGCCAGCUCAUACUUUCCACACGGCUUAUUCGUCAACUCGGGUUGAACAAGGUGAGACGAGGCGUUUCGACAAGGCUAUAGGGGUGGCUACGACGAAUAGAGAGAGCUUGGCUGGUCUUCCGGUGAAUAGCAAGGCUGUGAUAAUAGGGGGGAGGGAUUUGGUCGGUGUGCUGGCGGGCGCGCCUCCUCCUAGACGGGUCAGAUUUAGGAAUUCGUUUGUCAACAGUACGGUGAGGUAUGAAGGCGACCGCGUUCCCGACGUGAUCCAUACCGCUCCUCGGCUUCUGUGGUUCACACACUAUCGACAUGCCAUAUCACAUACGAGGAAGACCCCACAAACACCUCGAGGCAGAAGAAGAGGCGACGUGUUCAAUCCAGGUCACGCGCCCGACGCUCCCGCUCCACGAUCAAGAGCUCGGCUCGAGGUGCCUUACCUGCCUUUCUCGCCCGCCGCCAGUGGCGAAGAGGAGGGGGGGAACCGGGCGGGGCCUCCGACAGCCCCUACUGGGCGACACAUACACCGAGAACACCUGCUCAUAGCAAAUUCUCGACGUAGCGAGAUGGCUCGCGCCCCAGACAUCUGCAGGCCGCGGCCAGCCCAGCCAAGCCCGGUCCGGUUCCUCUGCGCCCGCUCGCAACACGCUUCUUGGCUGUACGCAUAUGCUGUAUCACGCGGGAGCGGGAUCUCUCGUCUGUGCCCUCGGUUCUUCUUCGCCGCCUCGCCAUCCGACCUCGCCAGGCAGAUGCCACAGGGCGACGUCCGUACGAGGUUACAUGAUGCAGCGAGAAAGUGCCGCCCUACGUAGCCACACCUCCCGUUCUUAGCCGGGAUCGAUCGAAAUGGUCUUACGCGCACACGGUCCUACACUUCGCAGACCGAAAAGAAAAGAAAGCCCUACAAACGCACGCGUAUGUCGAUCUGCUAGUUUGCGUCCUGGACGGCAUGUGGUGCCACGUAAGGGGUGUCCGAGGCGGCUCAAGGAGGACGAGGUUCAAUAAGCUUAAGUGAGCAUAGAAAAGGGCAAUUUGGGGGGCCGUUACAUAGACUAGAAAUCAAAAGUGUAUAUCU